GGGACAGGGGGAGGGGGAAGAUGGCACAUGCUUCGUCAAGAAGUAGAGAGAGGCGGGAAGUGGAAGAAGAUGAUCAUGAUGCGAGGAGUAGGAAGGUAAUUAUUAAUGAUAUAAGUUAGUGUGCGCUGAUGUGAAGUAGUAAUAUUACAUAAAUUAAACAAAUUUUGUUCGAUUUACAUUUUAUGCAGAGCAAGGGAGGUACUUACAAGACCAAUUCUGAAGUGCGGCAAUCUACCAAGCACAGAGAAAGUGAAUCACAUCAUCGCCACAAAGACAAAUAUGAAAAAAAGAAGAUGAAACCUGAAAGAGAAAAAACAGCAAGAACUGAUGAGACGCAUAGACAUAGACGUGAUGAACAAAACUAUGAUUCAUAUGGACAAACUAAUGACAUAACAAGUAAGAAAGAAAAAUCAAGACAUAAAGAAAGAACAAGAACACGAACUGAAGAAAGGAAACAUAAAAGAGAAAAACGAAACAGUUUCGACCUUGGAAAGAAUGAAAAAAAUAAAAAGGAUAAAGAAAAAAUAACUCAAACGAGAAGCAAGUCUGCAGAUUCUGCAGCAGAUUUUAGUCAAACAGAGCAAAGAGAACCAAAAAAUGAAACAUUUACGGUUCAAAAAGUUUUCACUUCAGAUGAAAUUGCACAAAUGUCAAGAAGAAAGAAAAGGCACGAGAAAAAUCUUCCAAUAAGUGCAAUUAGGAACGGGGAAUUAUCAAGUGCUACUGUGAUGGAGCAACCAAAGGAAGAAGUUUAUCGAAAAUCAGGGACAUGGCAUCCAAUUAUUGGGGAAUUCCCUGAUAGAAACUAUGAGAAUAAUGUUUCUUCUAGUUCAAGUCGAUUUUCAACGAAGCUUAUGAACUUGAAAGAGGAAAAAGGUAGAAAGCCAUUGAAGAAAAAAGAAAUUGCUGACAUUCAGAAAAGAGAAGACAAAAUCAGUGAAAAGAGGAGCACCACCUCCACAAGGCAUGGCAAGGAAAAAGAUAAAACUCAACAACGAGAAUACGAACACAACAGUCCUUCUAAACAACCACCAUCUCCACUGCGCGUUAAAAACACUUUGGAAAAUAGUACAAAGUACUUGGAUAUUGGAGAUAGUGGUUCGGAUAAAAAUGGCAAGCCAAGAGUGGUUGAGGUAGAUGCACGAACACAACACCCUGCUGGUGAAGUUGUGUUUCGUAUCAACAUGGAUGAUGUAGAGAAUAACACAAAACCUGACGGUUUUUCUUCUGCUUUAAGUAAGAAGUGGAGGAGAACCAAGAGUUGGGUGAAACGAGCAGGGUUGAUGGAGAGAAAAGAGACAAGAGAAACGCAAGUUGCUGCUGUGGACGUACCCAACCUGUUAGUGGAUGGUUCUACACAGUGUGGAGGUUUGAUGGAGAGUAAAGAAACUCAGACUUUGAUCGAACACACAACGAGUGAAACACAAACUUCAGCGCUGUCAAAAAGCAGAAGUUCACAGACAAAAGUUAAAACAAAGGAUCAGGAUAUCCAGACAAUGGCAGAGAUGAUGAGUUUGGGAACACAAACGGAAGACGAGGAUCAUCCAGUAUGGGGAGGAUCCCAUGUAAGUCUUGAUCGUCUUGUUCGAUGUAAAGGGAUGAGAAGAAGAGCAACAACAUCAAAGAGAAAGGAUGAUGAUUCACUGGACAAGUCAAUUUUUAAACGCAGUGCGACGCUUCCAAACAAACUUCAAGUCAUAGAGGAAGAAAGUGUGAAAGAAUUAAGAGCUUAUAAUUGGACACAAACUGACCGGUUUAUCAAACUGAAUAUUUCACACAGCGGGGCACACCUUCUUCCAAGCAAUAAAAUUAAAAUACAAACAAAUGGAGCAAACCUGAAAUUAACUAUUGAUACAAGCUCCAAUAGCAACAAGCAACAACAACAACAGCGCUACCAUACUGCCAACACACAGACUUUACAUUCCUAAACUUUGUCAUGCCGUUUCGGGACUAAGCUACACUGUGCAACCUGAUAUGUUAACAGUUUUGCUAAGGAAAAAGUCCCUUGAGACAUGGGACACAAUAGAAUGUGUUGUCUAAUGUUUCUAUUUUUUUCUACUCUACCAGCACUUUUAAAUUUUCAGUACAUGUUCCAUGUUAUGUGUGCAUAGGAAAAUAACUGUUGAACAUUUUGUAACAUUCUGUUUAUGUAGCAUUAUGCCUGGUGCAGUGAUGUUUCAAUUGUUUUCAUAAGUUUCAAUUGUGCACCGUAUUUGUUCAGUAUGUGCCCUGUGGGGACUAGUCAAAAAUACAAGAAUCAGGAACAGAAU